AUGAUGGACGAAAGCUCAGCACGGAGUCAUCAGGAUCGUAGGACGGUGAGCAGAGGUCUUCUUCGAACUAUCCAUCAGCCACAAAUCCAAGGCAACCCUGCUUCGCCUCAUCACCAUGGCUACGUCGUCUGGCUACGAGGCCUAACGACGCAGGUUCAUCUGCCCCAGGAGACUAGACAAGAUGCCCUUCUUUUCUUGGCCCCUGGCAUCGCCAACCGUCAUCAGCCGUCGCCAGCUGUCGUCAUUCGUCACUUGUCACUUGACCAACGUCACUUGCUUAUUCUCUUUUCUGCCAUGGUUACCGAUACAAACGACUCGGAGGCCCGGCCAACAACCAUUUGGAGUGGUCAUGAGCAAACGCUGCUGGCAGUAGCGGAAAUGACGACCCGACGAGGCAACGUCCAGAGGGGCUGA